UUCAGACAGGACCCACGUCUACAGCCUGCACAUUCGGCAACCCAUCACACACAGACACACACGAAUGUCAACACAAAACUCUCACAGACACAGCUCUUUCACUUCAACUCAAUAGUCUCCCUCCCAUUGACCAAAACACACAAAAUAUGGGUAACUGCAGUGGCUACCCCUCCGCCCAAUCCCAACUCCCCACUGACACCACCACCACCACCGACCACGACGGCCCAACCCACCACCGGGCCCAAAACGCCGCCGCCAACAGCAACAUCAACAUCAACAUCAUCCCACCCACCACCACCACCUCCCAAACUCCCCCAAUACUGGGCCGGGUUUUGGGCCGGCCCAUGGAGGAUGUACGGUCUUCAUACACAUUCGGCCGCGAGCUCGGCCGAGGCCAAUUCGGCGUGACCUACUUGGUCACCCACAAGGACACCGGCGAGAAAUUCGCGUGCAAGUCAAUCGCGACUCGGAAGCUAAUCAACAAAGACGACAUCGAAGACGUGAAGCGCGAGGUUCAGAUCAUGCACCAUCUCACUGGGCACCGUAACAUUGUGGAGCUUAAAGGCGCGUAUGAGGAUCGGCACUCGGUGAAUUUGGUGAUGGAGCUGUGUGCCGGUGGAGAGCUUUUUGAUCGGAUUAUUGCGAAGGGGCAUUAUUCGGAGCGAGCGGCGGCCGGGCUUUGUAGGCAGAUCGUGACUGUUGUGCAUAACUGUCAUUCGAUGGGAGUGAUGCAUAGAGACUUGAAGCCUGAGAAUUUUUUGUUGCUCAGUAAAGAUGAGGAUUCGCCUCUUAAGGCUACGGAUUUUGGUCUCUCCGUGUUUUUCAAGCCAGGAAAUGUAUUUAAAGAUCUGGUUGGAAGUGCAUACUAUGUAGCACCUGAGGUGUUGCGCCGGAAUUAUGGAGCUGAAGCUGAUAUUUGGAGUGCUGGAGUGAUACUAUACAUUCUGCUUAGUGGAAUCCCACCUUUCUGGGGAGAGAAUGAACAAGGUAUCUUUGAUGCUAUUCUUCGAGGACAUAUUGAUUUCUCAUCUGAACCUUGGCCUUCCAUAUCGAGUAGUGCCAAAGAUCUUGUGAAGAAAAUGUUACGAGCUGAUCCUAAAGAGCGGCUUUCAGCAGUUGAAGUUCUUAAUCAUCCAUGGAUGAGAGUAGAUGGGGAUGCAUCUGAUAAGCCUCUUGAUAUUGCCGUUUUAACUAGAAUGAAACAAUUCAGGGCAAUGAACAAGCUCAAAAAAGUAGCUCUAAAGGUAAUUGCAGAAAAUCUUUCUGAAGAAGAAAUUAUGGGAUUGAAGGAAAUGUUUAAAUCUAUGGAUACAGAUAACAGUGGAACAAUCACUUAUGAAGAGUUGAAAGCUGGUCUUCCAAAACUGGGUACCAAGCUUUCUGAGUCUGAAGUGAAGCAGUUGAUGGAAGCGGCUGAUGUGGAUGGAAAUGGGACAAUUGAUUACCUUGAGUUUAUAACAGCUACCAUGCACAUGAAUAGAGUGGAAAAAGAGGAACAUUUAUACAAAGCUUUCGAGUAUUUUGACAAGGACAGGAGCGGGUACAUUACAAUGGAAGAGUUAGAGUCUGCGCUUAAGAAGUAUAAUAUGGGAGAUGAGAAAACGAUUAAGGAGAUCAUUGCAGAAGUUGACACAGACAACGAUGGAAGAAUUAAUUAUGAUGAGUUUGUAGCCAUGAUGAGGAAAGGCAAUCCAGAGUUGGUCACAAACAGACGACGUAAAUGAACCCAACAGGAUUUUGCCGGGAUCAACCACUCUUGGCUGAACUGUUUGUUAAUUUAUAUGGGUUGUGUUACGAUUCAGAUCACAUGUUUAAUCUCAAUAUGGCCACCUCAGAUUGCAACAAAGCCCUUGCUAUCUGAAAUUGAUAAUGUAUUGCUUGUGGCUACUCUUCACUGGAAGAUAUGGGCUAGAUUGCUGUCAAUUUGUGGGAUAGUUUAACUGUUUGAUCUGAGAUUUCUUCACCCAUUAGACGCUUGAAUGUGUUGGUAAAUACAAAAUCAAGAACUCACGUGCCCAUGAGGAAAAGGAAGAGAGGAGAAAAAUGAGUACCAGUGCUGUUUUCAUACUUAUUUCUGAAAAAUUAACCAUUUGUCCUGUAGUAGUGAAGUGUGAAAUUACAGGAACGUGAUUGAUGCGAUUUAUAUAUUAUUGGAGAUGUUGCCUAAACAGAGUUUGGACUGUUGGGUAAUAUCUUUAUCACAUUUGUGCA